AGUCCACAGUUUUUGCUUGCGACGAUCGGUUGUGUCCGGUUUUGCGUUCGGGUUUUUUGAUUCUGAGCGAACGGGCUUUUGUAUUGGAUGCCAGAGAGCCAGGAACAGUAAAUGAAGGACGACGAAUAUGGUGAUUGUAACACGUGGUGACUACAUCUGGAUAGAACCCGCAUCGGGGCGGGAAUUCGAUGUGGCCAUUGGAGCACGUGUCAUCUCCGCGGAGGGUCGUCGCAUCCAGGUGCGAGACGAUGAUGGCGAUGAGGUUUGGCUGGCGCCCGAGCGUCGCAUCAAAGCGAUGCAUGCCUCAUCCGUGCAAGGAGUGGAGGACAUGAUAUCACUUGGGGAUCUCCACGAGGCGGGAAUAUUACGUAAUCUGCUCAUACGCUACAAGGAGAAUCUGAUAUAUACCUAUACUGGUUCCAUAUUGGUUGCCGUCAAUCCGUAUCAGAUAUUGCCCAUCUAUACGGGGGAUCAGAUCAAGCUGUACAAGGAGCGCAAAAUUGGAGAGCUGCCACCGCACAUAUUUGCAAUUGGAGAUAAUGCUUAUGCGCAUAUGAAACGCUAUCGCCAGGAUCAAUGUAUUGUGAUAUCUGGCGAAUCUGGAGCUGGCAAAACGGAGAGCACAAAACUGAUACUACAAUAUCUGGCUGCGAUAAGUGGCAAGCACUCGUGGAUCGAGCAACAGAUACUGGAGGCAAAUCCCAUUCUUGAGGCCUUUGGCAAUGCCAAAACAAUACGCAAUGAUAACUCCUCACGGUUUGGCAAAUACAUUGACAUACAUUUUAGCGCCAAUGGAGUUAUCGAAGGCGCUAAGAUCGAGCAAUAUUUGUUGGAGAAAUCCCGCAUUGUCUCCCAGAAUCACAGUGAACGCAAUUAUCAUGUCUUCUAUUGUAUAUUGGCGGGUCUGUCCAACGAUGAGAAGAGUCGUCUCAAUCUGGGCGUAGCAUCAGACUAUAAAUAUUUGACUGGUGGCAAUAGCAUCACAUGCGAGGGCCGUGAUGAUGCCGCUGAAUUCUCGGAUAUACGUUCCGCCAUGAAGGUGCUGCUCUUCUCGGAUCAGGAGAUCUGGGAGAUAAUCAAGCUGUUGGCUGCGUUGCUGCACUGCGGCAACAUCAAAUACAAGGCCACUGUGGUGGACAAUCUGGAUGCAACGGAAAUACCUGAGCAUAUCAAUGUGGAGCGUGUUGCCGGAUUACUCGGAUUGCCCAUACAACCUCUGAUUGAUGCAUUGACGCGACGCACGUUGUUUGCUCAUGGCGAGACGGUUGUGUCGACGUUAUCCCGGGAACAGUCGGUGGAUGUGCGAGAUGCCUUCGUCAAAGGCAUUUAUGGACGUCUCUUUGUGCACAUUGUGCGUAAGAUUAACACGGCCAUAUUCAAACCGAGAGCCACGUCUCGCAAUGCCAUCGGUGUCCUGGACAUUUUUGGUUUUGAGAACUUUGAUCAGAAUAGUUUCGAGCAGUUUUGCAUUAAUUAUGCCAACGAGAAUCUACAACAGUUCUUUGUACAGCACAUCUUCAAGCUGGAGCAGGAGGAGUACAAUCAUGAGGCCAUCAAUUGGCAGCACAUUGAGUUUGUGGACAAUCAGGAUGCACUCGACCUAAUAGCCAUCAAACAGUUGAACAUUAUGGCAUUGAUUGAUGAGGAGGCACGAUUCCCCAAGGGCACGGAUCAAACGAUGCUCGCCAAGCUUCACAAGACGCAUGGAGCGCACAAGAAUUAUUUAAAACCAAAGUCGGAUAUCAAUACAAGCUUUGGCCUCAAUCACUUUGCCGGCGUUGUGUUCUAUGAUACGCGUGGAUUUCUGGACAAGAAUCGUGACACCUUCAGUCCCGAUCUAUUGCAUUUAGUUAGUCAGAGUGGCAAUAAGUUCUUGCGGCAAAUCUUUGCCCAGGACAUUGAAAUGGGUGCCGAAACACGUAAACGCACUCCGACGUUGUCCACGCAGUUCCGGAAGAGUCUGGAUGCCCUGAUGAAGACACUGAGCAGCUGUCAACCCUUCUUCAUACGCUGCAUCAAGCCCAAUGAGCUGAAGAAACCGAUGAUGUUUGAUCGCGGUCUUUGUUGCCGCCAACUGCGCUACUCCGGCAUGAUGGAAACAAUUCGCAUCCGACGUGCCGGCUACCCCAUUCGACAUGGCUUCCGGGAGUUUGUGGAACGCUAUCGUUUCCUUAUACCGGGUGUGCCGCCAGCUCAUCGCACGGACUGUCAGGUGGCCACGUCGCGGAUUUGCGCCAUGGUUCUCGGCAAAUCCGACUAUCAGUUGGGCCAUACAAAGGUCUUUCUGAAGGAUGCCCAUGACCUGUUCUUGGAGCAGGAGCGAGAUCGUGUGCUCACGCGUAAAAUCCUCAUACUCCAACGCAGCAUACGUGGUUGGGUCUACAGGCGACGCUAUCUGAGAUUACGUGCCGCCGCGAUAAGCGUGCAACGGGUGUGGAAGGGAUAUGCGCAACGCAAGCGCUACAGGAACAUGCGAGUGGGCUACAUGCGUCUCCAGGCAUUGAUCCGCUCUCGUGUGCUCUCCCAUCGCUUUAGGCAUCUGCGGGGUCACAUUGUGGGUCUGCAGGCACAUGCCAGGGGCUAUCUGGUCCGGCGGGAGUACGGCCACAAGAUGUGGGCAGUCAUCAAGAUUCAAUCGCAUGUGCGACGCAUGAUUGCCGUGCGCAGAUAUCGCAAGAUUCGACUGGAGCAUAAACAAUUCGCUGAGGUUCUGCAGCUGCGUAAGCUGGAGGAGCAGGAGCUAUUGCAUCGUGGCAACAAGCAUGCUCGGGAAAUUGCCGAACAGCAUUAUCGGGAUCGCUUGCACGAACUGGAGCGACGGGAGCUGCAGGAACAGUUGGAGGAUCGCCGUCGAGUCGAGGUCAAAAUGAACAUUAUCAAUGAUGCGGCUCGGAAGCAGGAGGAGCCCGUUGAUGAUGGCAAACUGGUUGAAGCCAUGUUCGAUUUCCUUCCCGAUUCGAGUAGUGAUGCUCCAACACCGCAUGGCGGACGCGAAACGUCAGUUUUCAAUGAUUUGCCACAUGCACAGACGGUCAAUCAAGAGGACAUUAUUGCGCCCAUGCAUAUCUCGGAGGAUGAGGAGGAUUUGUCCGAGUACAAGUUUCAGAAAUUUGCAGCCACCUAUUUCCAGGGCAAUGUGAAUCAUCAGUAUGCCAAGAAGGCAUUGAAGCAUCCACUGCUCCCACUGCACACUCAAGGAGAUCAGCUUGCUGCCCAGGCGCUGUGGAUUACCAUACUCCGGUUUACAGGAGACAUGCAGGAGCCCAAAUAUCAUACCAUGGAUCGCAUGGAUACCACAUCGGUGAUGUCCAAGGUGACUGCGACUCUAGGACGCAAUUUCAUCCGAAGCAAGGAAUUCCAAGAGGCUCAACUGAUGGGUCUCGAUCCGGAGGCAUUCCUGAAGCAGAAACCACGCUCCAUUCGCCACAAGCUCGUCUCUCUGACGUUGAAGCGCAAGAACAAACUGGGCGAGGAUGUGCGUCGGCGGCUGCAGGAUGAUGAGUAUACGGCGGAUAGCUAUCAGUCUUGGCUACAAUCGCGUCCCACAUCGAAUCUAGAGAAGCUGCACUUUAUCAUUGGCCAUGGCAUAUUGCGUGCCGAGUUGCGCGAUGAAAUCUAUUGUCAGAUUUGCAAGCAGUUGACCAACAAUCCAUUGAAAUCCUCCCAUGCACGUGGCUGGAUAUUGUUGUCCUUGUGCGUCGGUUGCUUUGCCCCAUCCGAGAAGUUUGUCAACUAUCUGAGGGCGUUCAUCAGGGAGGGGCCACCUGGCUAUGCGCCGUACUGUGAGGAGCGUCUGAAGCGUACCUUUAACAACGGCACACGCAAUCAGCCGCCAUCGUGGCUGGAAUUGCAGGCCACCAAGUCCAAGAAGCCUAUCAUGUUGCCCAUCACAUUUAUGGAUGGAAAUACAAAGACGCUGCUGGCGGACUCGGCGACAACGGCCAGGGAAUUGUGCAAUCAGUUGUCGGACAAAAUAACGCUCAAGGAUCAGUUUGGAUUCUCGUUGUAUAUUGCGCUGUUCGACAAGGUCAGCUCGCUAGGUAGCGGGGGCGAUCAUGUGAUGGACGCCAUCUCACAGUGCGAGCAGUAUGCCAAGGAACAAGGCGCCCAGGAGCGUAAUGCCCCCUGGCGUCUCUUCUUUCGCAAGGAGAUCUUUGCUCCUUGGCAUGAGCCCACACACGAUCAGGUGGCCACCAAUCUGAUCUAUCAGCAGGUUGUCAGAGGUGUUAAGUUUGGCGAAUAUCGUUGCGACAAGGAGGAGGAUCUGGCCAUGAUUGCUGCCCAGCAAUAUUUCAUUGAAUACGGCACAGACAUGUCCAUGGAGCGUCUGUUCACGCUCUUGCCCAACUUCAUACCCGACUUUUGUCUUAGCGGCGUCGACAAGGCCAUCGAACGUUGGGCAGCGCUUGUGCUGCAGGCCUACAAGAAGUCCUACUACGUCAAGGAUAAGAUAGCACCACUGAAGAUCAAGGAGGACAUCGUUAGCUAUGCCAAGUACAAGUGGCCGCUGCUCUUCUCACGCUUCUACGAAGCAUAUCGGAAUUCGGGUCCCAAUUUACCCAAAAACGAUGUCAUAAUUGCGGUCAAUUGGACGGGCGUCUAUGUUGUGGACGAUCAGGAGCAGGUGCUGUUAGAACUCAGUUUUCCCGAAAUCACAGCCGUCUCCAGCCAGAAGACAAAUAAGGUGUUCACACAAACCUUUAGUUUGUCCACUGUGCGCGGCGAGGAGUUUACAUUCCAAAGUCCCAAUGCGGAGGAUAUACGCGACUUGGUUGUCUACUUCCUCGAUGGCCUAAAGAAGCGUUCCAAGUAUGUGAUUGCGCUGCAGGACUAUCGCGCUCCCUCGGAUGGCACCAGUUUUCUUUCCUUCUUCAAGGGCGAUCUGAUAAUCCUGGAGGAUGAAUCAUGCGGCGAAUCCGUGCUGAACAAUGGCUGGUGCAUAGGACGCUGUGAUCGCUCACAGGAGCGUGGAGAUUUCCCAGCCGAGACGGUCUAUGUGCUGCCCACGUUGAGUAAGCCGCCCCAGGAUAUUCUCGCACUCUUCAACAUUGAGGAGGCCCAUCAUGGCCGGCGUCUGAGCAUGGCCUCCAAUGGAGGCGUCGUCGAACCACGUGAUCGUCCGCACACGCUGAUGGAGUAUGCCCUGGAUCAUUUCCGAUUGCCGCCAAAGCGUACCAUGUCCAAGACGCUGACGCUGGGCUCGAAGCGGAGUGAGGAGCUGUGGCGUUAUGCCAGGGAUCCCAUCAAGAUGCCGUUGCUGCGCAAGCUACAGACCAAGGAGGAGCUGGUUGAGGAGGCGUGCUUCGCCUUUGCUGCCAUACUCAAGUACAUGGGGGAUUUGCCCUCGAAGCGACCGCGCAUGGGCAACGAGAUAACCGAUCACAUCUUCGACGGUCCGCUGAAGCAUGAGAUACUACGGGAUGAGAUCUAUUGCCAGUUGAUGAAGCAGCUAACGGAUAAUCGGAAUCGCAUGUCCGAGGAGCGAGGAUGGGAAUUGAUGUGGCUAGCAACCGGUUUGUUUGCCUGCUCGCAAGGUCUGCUCAAGGAGUUGUUGCUGUUUCUACGCACACGUCGGCAUCCCAUUUCGCAGGAUUCGAUGCAUCGGCUGCAGAAGACCAUACGCCAUGGACAGCGCAAGUAUCCGCCGCAUCAGGUGGAGGUCGAGGCCAUACAGCACAAGACAACGCAAAUCUUUCAUAAGGUCUACUUCCCGGAUGACACGGACGAGGCCUUCGAAGUCGAUUCUUCGACACGAGCCAAGGAUUUUUGCAAUAACAUCUCACAGCGCCUAUCUCUGCGCACCAGCGAAGGUUUCUCACUGUUUGUCAAGAUUGCCGACAAGGUCAUCUCUGUGCCGGAGGGCGAUUUCUUCUUUGACUUUGUGCGUCAUCUGACCGAUUGGAUUAAGAAGGCGCGACCGAUACGCGACGGAGCCAAUCCGCAGUUCACAUACCAGGUCUUCUUCAUGAAGAAACUGUGGACGAACACUGUGCCAGGCAAGGAUCGCAAUGCCGAUCUCAUCUUCCACUAUCACCAGGAGCUGCCCAAACUCUUGCGCGGCUAUCACAAAUGCUCACGCGAGGAAGCCUACAAAUUGGCUGCCCUCGUCUUCCGUGUGCGCUUCGGCGAGAAUAAACAAGAGCUGCAGGCCAUACCACAAAUGCUGAGGGAACUGAUACCGUCUGAUAUUAUGAAGAUGCAAAGCACCAGCGAAUGGAAACGCUCCAUUGUGGCGUCAUAUAAUCAGGAUGGUGGCAUGAGCUCCGAAGAUGCCAAGGUGGCGUUCCUAAAGAUCGUCUACAGAUGGCCCACCUUUGGCUCUGCUUUCUUUGAGGUGAAACAAACCACGGAGCCCAAUUAUCCCGAAAUGCUGCUCAUUGCCAUCAACAAGCAUGGCGUAAGUCUGAUACAUCCAGUAACCAAGGAUAUCCUGGUAACGCAUCCGUUUACGCGCAUCUCGAACUGGUCAUCGGGUAAUACAUAUUUCCAUAUGACCAUUGGCAAUUUGGUGCGUGGCUCUAAGCUGCUGUGCGAGACAUCGUUGGGCUACAAGAUGGACGAUCUGCUGACUUCAUACAUAUCAUUGAUGCUGACCAACAUGAACAAGAACCGAACCAUACGAGCCAAUUAGGAAACUGAUUACUUAAUAAAUAUACAUAACAAUACAGAUAUUUAUAAUAAUUAUAAAUUAUAAAUGCAAUAAAUUACACGAGUAGAACUUAUAGGACAUAAGCUGUAAUGCACCCACCCCCAAAAAUCCUAUUCCGCCUCUCCAACUUAACUAUUAAUUAUACCAAACCCUACCUUUGUUUCAUACUUAUGUAAUCAAUUGUUUUGUAUAAAUUCGCAAACUUUUUUUAGUAUUUUAUGGAUCAUUCCAUUUACUUAAAUUAUUGAUUAUAUAUUAAAGUACAAUGUCUCUUUUGUACGAUUAUCUUUAAAUAAGUUUUUGUAUCUAUGCAUUUUGCACUCUGUAUAACCUUCUGUACAUCUCAACUACAUGUCUCUGAUGAUGAUGACAUUUUGUAUCAAAUACAUAGAAAUGUUUAAUAACUAUUUAAUAAAUUAUAUACAUAUUAUUAUAAUUG